AUGUUCGGUCUGGAACGUAUCACAAAGCAUUACACUGUCCAGCUUGCGCUAUGCUCUGGUCUGUUGACCUUGUCUUCGGCAAAUUAUGCUUUCGAUAAUCAAGGUAUGGCCCAAACACAAGCGAUGGAUCCUUUUAUUAGGCAAUUCGGCGAAUACAAUCCGAAAACCAAAAGUUACGCGAUUCCUGCUUAUUUCUUGAGUUUGAUGAACAGCUUAGUAUUUAUCGGCUUUGCCUUCGGGAUUUGGAUUGGUUCCAUGAUUUCAGCCAGAUACGGUCGUCGAAUGACUGUCUUUACGAUGUCGCUAUGGGCAAUCUGCAGUGCGACUAUAAUCAUUACAGCAAAAACUAAAGAACAUAUGUUGAUCAGUAGGAUCUUGAACUAUAUUUACAUCGGAAUGGAAUUAUCGGUGAUACCCGUUUUUCAAAGUGAAAUUAUGCCUGCUCCAGUCAGAGGUUUUGCAGUUGGCUCCUAUCAGUUUUCUCUUUCUAUUGGCGGGCUCAUCAUCAACUGUAUAUGUCGAGGAACAAGUACACUAAAGUCUAAUGCAGCUUGGCGAAUACCCUACGGUUUCUAUUACAUUGUUCCAGCUAUCAUAGCAUCUCUAGUAUGGUUCAUACCUGAAUCACCCAGAUGGCUGUUGUCUCAAGAUCGCAGAGCAGAAGCUAAAAUCAGUCUGAAAAGAUUACGAGUUGGUAAAACAGACCUCGGGCUCGAGGAGGAGAUCAAUUCGAUACUCCUCUCACUUGAAGCCGAGAAGGACAAAGGGACCUACACCGAUCUAUUCAGAGGAACAAACUUACGUAGAACGCUGAUUGUCAUGGGAUCAAACUUCUUCUUACAAGCCACAGGCCAAUCAUUCGCUUCGGCCUACGGUACCAUUUUCAUCAAGUCUUUGAAUACAGUCAAUCCAUUCAAUAUGGCAGUUACCAACUCCGCUUUAGGCAUUCUAGCUUGUGCCGCAGCAAUGAUAAUGGUAGACAAGUUUGGUAGAAGACCUCUAAUGAUCCUAGGCGCUUUUGGUCAAUUUACUUUUUUGAUCGUCAUGGCAUCGUUAGGAACAGUCAAGCGGCAAACCAAUCAAUCGAAAAGUGUUAUAGUAGCUAUGACCUCUUUGAAUGGUUUGGCUUUUGCUGUAGCUUGGGCACCCUUGAACUAUAUAAUUUCAAGUGAAUUACCCGCGCAAAAACUGAGAGAUAAAACUCAAAGAGUAGGGUCAUGGGUUAAUGUGUUCACGAAUUUCGUGGUCGCAUUCACUUUACCUUACUUACUAAACGCCCCAUACGCAAAUCUAUCUUCCAAGGUCGGAUACAUAUAUGGACCUCUGGCACUUUGCGCUUCAGUCUUCGCUUAUCUCUGUAUCCCAGAAUGCAAAGGAAGAAGUUUGGAAGAAGUAGAUCAGCUAUUCUUCCACAAGAUCAGUGCAAGACGUUCUGCACACUGGGAAGCUCCAACAAUCAUACCUGACUUAUCCCAACACGCCAAAGAUCAACAAGAAGGAAGAGCAAUCGACGAUUUGACAGAAAAAGAUGAAGACCAAUAUGCAGACGCUAAUCCGGUCCUUCAAAAGGUUUGA